AUGACUCGUCUAUUCUUUCUGAUCGCUCUUGUCAGUACUGUACUGGCAUGUGCUCCACAGCCUACUCCUGGUGCAGGAGGAGGAUCUGGAGCCGGCGGAGGAGGAGCACCCACGCCGACAACAGAAAAACCUAAGGAAAGACGACGAAGAGAAGCGGCCUCAGCAUGUCUUACACAGGCAGAAGGAUUGCAGGUACAAGCAUAG